CCCCUGCGGCAUUUCUCUUCGUUUCGGGACACGCCUCACCUCGUUCUCUGUCUUUGCUGUCUCUCCGCCUCUCUGCGUUUCAUCGUCUCGAUUUCUGAUUUCUCGCUCGUGUCGGUGCCUUCGUCGGAGAAAUCAGCACCGGUCGCCUCCCACAAGCUCGCGGAAGGUACGGCUCUUCUCUGUUGGGAACCAUCGGAGCUCCGUUUCGCCGUUAGAAAUUGGUGUUAGACCUAGGAGCUGCUCAAAUGAUAUCCGCCGCGAAUGAGGGCGGUUUAGAGAGCAAAUCAGAUGGGUUGGAGGAGAAUCGUGGGGAAGGUGGGGUUUCUGAGGAUGCUCGUGAAGAGAAGGGCGUGGAUUUGGGGGUUGUGGACUGUGGUGCAGUGGAUUCGAUGGGUGUCGAUUCCGUAGCUUUAGGAGGCGAAUUUAGGGCUUCGGGUAGUGGUGUAGAUUCAGAAAGCGGGAGAUCUGAAGAGGAUGGAGUUAGGGUUUGCUCUUCAGCCAGUUGGGGGAGUGCUGGUGGGGCAGAUGAGGAAAUGGAACCUCGAGCUUUCGAGUUUAAAAGCGAGAAGUCCGGUGAGUAUCGACUCUAUGAUGUGAAAGGUGAAAUUAAAGUGGAAAAUGACCCAUCUGAUGCCUAUGAUUGUCAAAUUGGUUCCCAAGGUCGGCUGGAGGUUGAUGGGGAUGGCUUGGAGUCGAGAAACUCUAGUGGUACGGGUGAGAGGAAAUCCUUGGACCGGCAGUAUGAUACUUUGUUGUCUGAGUUUGAUGAAUAUGUAGCGAAUGAGAAAAAUAGUUCCAUUGAAAGUGGCAUGUCAAGGGCUUUGAGUUAUGGAUUUGAAGUGGGGGAUAUGGUGUGGGGCAAAGUAAAAUCACAUCCAUGGUGGCCUGGACAAAUCUUCAAUGAAGCUUUUGCAUCUUUUCCAGUGCGUCGCUCAAGGAGGGAUGGUUAUGUGCUGGUAGCUUUCUUCGGUGAUAGUAGUUAUGGGUGGUUCGACCCAGCAGAGCUUAUACCUUUUGAGGAGAAUUUCAUCGAAAAAUCAAGCCAGACGGCUUCAAGGACCUUUGUUAAGGCAGUUGAGGAGGCCAUGGAUGAGGCAAGUAGGAGAAGUGGUCUUGGUUUGGCUUGCAGGUGUAGAAAUGCUUUUAGUUUUCGACCAACACAUGUUCAAGGGUACUUUGCAGUCGAUGUGCCUGAUUAUGAACAAGGAGGGCUGUAUUCGGCUGCUCAGAUAAGCAAAGCACGAAACAGUUUCCAGCCUUGGGAAACUCUUGCAUUUAUAGAACAGCUUGCAUUAAUGCCACGAAGCAGUGAUGAGAAUAGCCUUGAGUUUGUCAAGAAUAAGGCUAUUGUUUUUGCUUAUCGCAAGGCAGUAUUUGAGGAGUAUGAUGAGACCUACGCUCAGGCAUUCGGGGUGCAGGCAGUGCGCCCUUCUCACGAUCCAAUUGAUGCAACAGCUCAGCCAGUGAAAGAGCCACCUCGAGCUCUUUUGAGUGGUCCACUGGUGAUUGCGGAGGCUCUUGGCGGGAAAAGGAUGUCCACGAAACCUAUGAAAGUGAAGGAUCCCUCCAAAAAAGAUAAAUAUCUUUUCAAGCGUCGGGAUGAUUCUAGUACACAACAAACUAGCCCAUUACAGGCCAAUUCUUCGGUUCCUGCCACUUACCUUGACGGUUCAUCUCUAGCUGCAGCGGGAGGUUAUAUCUUGCAGAAGAGAGCUCCAUCUAGUCCUGCCAACUCCCAGAUUCCGGUUAAACUUGAGCAAACUGAAGUAACUUCAGAUGCAAUUUCAAGUCAAGGUGUUCCUGGGAAUUCAGUCCUGCAUCAAGUUCCAGAAAGUAGCACUGCAAUCAAUAUUCCAAGUCCCUCUGGUUUAGGUGGCCCCAAUGCGAUUGGGAAAGGGGAUGAUGCAAAAAUCACCAAUUCUCAAGAUGGUUUCCAGCAAAAAGGCCAGGAACUUUAUACAGUACAAGAUAGUGGUUAUGUUUCUCCUUUAUCUGCUGAUGUUGCUAGUUCUGAUGGAGCUAUGAUGACGAAGAAGAAGAAGAAAGUUCUUAAACAUCCUGCAGGGGAGCCAAGCUCACAGAAUGUUGCUAUGAGGGAGAAGAAAAAGAAGAAAAGGAAAGAAGUUGGCUCUGAGACAGAUUCUGAUCAUCCCCGAAAGCGGCUGGUAGCUAGCAAAGUUGGAGUAUCAGUGGCAAAAGCUGCUGGUAAACUAACUCGAGUUGAUUCAGCCUCAAGAGAAGAAUCUUAUGCGGACAAACAGAAGAAAAGUGAAGCAAGCAGGACGCAUCCCGAUAACGUUGGGACGAUGCCUACUUGGUCUGGAAAUGCCGAGCUUGAUUUGCGACAACUCUUGAAUGGCUUGCAAGCCCUGGCUCUUGAUCCUUUUUAUGGCAUUGAAAGGAGCAAUCCUGCAGUUACAAAGCAGGCAUUCCUUCGAUUUCGAUCACUUGUGUAUCAGAAGAGCUUGGUUCUGGCUCCACCAUCUGAGAUUGAUACCGUUGAAAUUCGCCCUGCUAAAUCUCCUGCUGGUGUUGGAGCUCCUGAUCAGCCUACUGGUGAAAGUGGAAGAAAGUUAUCAUCUUCAAAAUUAACAAAACCUCCUGGAAGAUUCGAUGACCCAACAAAAAGUGGCCGCAAACGUCCUCCAUCUGACCGUCAAGAAGAAAUUGAAUCAAAGAGGUUGAAGAAAAUCAACAAUAUCAAAUCAUUGGCUGCUGAAAAGAGGGCAAUUCAGAAGACCCAAGAUGCACCACGGGGAGAGGGAAGAGAAACUGUAUCUGCAACCCCAAAACAAGCAAAACCAUUUCCUGUCAAGAAAGUGGAGUCUCAUCCGGCAAGAGCCUCAGACCCCACCAUAUUAGUCAUGAAGUUUCCUCCUGGAACGUCACUACCCUCUGUCACCGAGCUCAAGGCAAGGUUUGCUCGAUUUGGGCCAUUAGAUUACACAGGCAUCCGUGUCUUCUGGAAGUCAUCGACAUGCCGGGUUGUCUUCCACCGCAAACUUGACGCAGAGGCAGCUUAUAAGUAUGCUGCUGGAAACAACAACUUAUUUGGCAAUGCUGGCGUGAGAUAUUCUCUUCGGAAUGCAGAAGUUCCUCCAUCCGAGGCUUCGGAGUCUGUAAAAGGCAGAGGCAGUGAUUCUGUACAUGAUACUCCACGCCUUAAGGAUCCUUCCACUGAAAGACCAGGACCAGCAUCCACGGUGCAGCUCAAGUCGUGCUUGAAGAAAUCAUCUGGAGAUGAUGCUGGUGUAGGGCCCACCACAGGUAACGGAGGUCGGGCAGCAGCCCGUGUAAAAUUUAUGUUGGGUGGGGAAGAAACUAGUAGGCAAGAGCCAAAGAUGAUGGUUGAUAAUGCAAACAACUUCAACGACAAGAACAACAAUGCUAGUUUUGCAGAUGGUGGUGCAUCAUUAUCUUCUUCUUCCUCUCUUGCAAUGGUUUAUAAUAGUAAGAACUUUCAAAGAGCUGUCUCUUCCUCUCCUCUUCCGCCUCUUCUUCCCUUUCCUCCACUUGCAAAGCCACAACUGCCGAACAACAAUGCAUCACUGCCCACUGAAAUAGCACCCUCUUCUAGAAGUGCACCCACUUUUAACGUCACCGUGGACAUCUCACAGCAGAUGAUAAGCCUCUUGACUCGGUGCAAUGAUGUAGUGAACAACUUGUCGGGCUUGCUAGGUUAUGUCCCCUACCAUCCUCUUUGACGGGAAAUAAGUGAAGCCCGACCGAAACGAGCGAUUAAUCCUUUUAUGGACCGUGAGGAUGGACAGUUUGAUCUCCUAUAGUCGCAUGGAAUUGCAUGGAGGGCGAUGCACCAAUCAAAAAGCCCAAUUGGCAGUGGACUUCUGGAAGGGAUUCGAUUUGUCCUUCGGGCUGAGGAGCCGCUGGAAAGGGGCCUCAACUGAAGCGGUUGAGCAAGUGACAGAGACCAAAUGACGUCCGUCAUGUGUAAUCAAUAGUGAAAUCUUAUUGCUCCUGCUUUCACAUGUUUCUUUAUUAUUUGUAUGAGACAUUGUCUUGUGCCCGUAGCUUUUCUGCUUUAGCUUUGUACUGUGCUUGACAUGGACACUUUUUGUAUGGGCAACGUGACUUGGAUAGUGGAGUGGGAAGGGUCA